AUCGUUUUCAGGGUUCCCUUAUCUUUUUCCAUUUAUGCAAAGUGGUGUAUGCUAAGUCCAGCCCGUGCACACUAUUUUACAUCCUAAUUUCACACUUUGAAAUUCAAAUAUAAAUAACAUGUGACAAUGUGAUCUUCAUUCCAUUGCUAGGAGUUCAGUUUCAAUCACUCGGACACAUUUUCUCGUGCAUUGAUUCGUUAUAAAAUCGAAACGAGCUAUGAGCUUCAAUAGCGCUGCUGGGGGUGGCCAAUCAUCUCGGACAACGUAUGAGUUUGGAAGGACUCAUGUCAUCAGGCCAAAAGGGAGGCAUCAAGCAACAAUAAUUUGGCUACAUGAUCUUGGUGAUAAAGGGUCGAGCUGGACUCAGCAAUUGGAAAGCCUUCCUCUUCCGAAUGUAAAGUGGAUAUGCCCAACUGCUCCUACUCGUCCAGUUUCUUUAUUUGGGGGAUUUCCUUGCACGGCUUGGUUCGAUGCACAUGAUCUUUCAGAGGAUGCACCCGACGAUUUACAAGGAUUGGAUGCAUCAGCAGCACAUGUUGCUAAUCUCCUAUCAACAGAGCCUGCCAACAUCAAACUUGGUAUUGGUGGCUUUAGUAUGGGUGCUGCAACUGCUCUUUACUCCGCCACAUGCCACAUUUUUGGUCAAUACUCAAAUAGAAACCCGUACUUAGUUAACUUGAGCUGUGUUAUCGGCCUCAGCGGCUGGCUUCCAUGUUCCAGCUAUUUGUUUUCUAGGAUGUUAAGGAACCGAAUCGAAAGGUCUAAUGAGACUGUAAGUCGUGCAGCAUCAUUGCCCAUUUUGCUUUGUCAUGGAUCUGGGGAUGACGUUGUGGCUUAUAAACACGGAGAAAACUCUGCGCGUACAUUAAGUUCAGCUGGAUUCCAGAACCUAAUGUUUAGAUCAUAUGGAGGGCUCGGGCAUUACACCACCCAGGAAGAGAUGGAAGAAGUUUGUCGCUGGUUAGCUGCACGAUUGGGGCUUCAGGGAUCGUAAACUGAGAAAUCCGUGAGGCGGUUUGGGGGUAUACGUGAGAAGAAAUCAAAAUAAAACAUUAAUAGUUAUGACAGGUUGAAGAAGUAUUAUGAAUAGGAUAGAAUACUGUGUAAAAUAACAGUGUGUUUUCCUUUGUAUUCCUGGUGGUGCAUUGUGACUUUAAUGUUUGAGAUAAAACUUUUGCUCAUUCCCAUCUAAAAGUAUUUAUAUUUUUGCUUUUUCUGUA